AUGCGGGAGCCUGAGGGUAGGUUGUGUGCGGCGGGCCUGGUGCUGCUGCUGGUGCUGGCAGUAGCCCAGUCGGCGUUCCGGUUCCCGCGCCGGUACACCCCGGAUUGGCGGAGCCUGGACUCCCGGCCGCUGCCGACCUGGUUCGAUGAGGCCAAAUUCGGGGUGUUCGUGCACUGGGGCGUGUUCUCGGUGCCGGCUUGGGGCAGCGAGUGGUUCUGGUGGCACUGGCAGGGCCAGCCGCAGCCCCAGUACCAGCGCUUCAUGCGCGAAAACUACCCGCCCGACUUCAGCUACGCCGACUUCGGGCCGCAGUUCACCGCGCGCUUCUUCCAGCCGGACGACUGGGCCGACCUCUUCCAGGCGUCGGGGGCCAAGUAUGUGGUCUUCACAACAAAACAUCAUGAAGGCUUCACAAACUGGCCAAGUUCUGUGUCCUGGAACUGGAACUCGAAGGACCUAGGCCCCCACCGUGACUUGGUUGGUGAGUUGGGAGCAGCUGUCCGAAAGAGGAACAUGCGCUAUGGCCUCUACCACUCACUCUUAGAGUGGUUCCAUCCACUGUACCUGCUUGAUAAGAAGAAUGGCUUCAAAACUCAGAAUUUUGUCAGUGCAAAAACAAUGCCAGAGCUGUAUGACCUUGUGAACAGAUACAAGCCUGAUGUGAUCUGGUCUGAUGGGGACUGGGAAUGUCCUGAUACUUACUGGAACUCCACAAAUUUUCUUUCUUGGCUCUACAAUGACAGCCCUGUCAAGGAUGAGGUGGUAGUGAAUGAUCGAUGGGGUGAGAACUGUUCCUGUCACCAUGGAGGAUAUUACAACUGUCAAGAUAAGUACUCACCGCAGAGCUUGCCAAAACACAAGUGGGAGAUGUGUACCAGCAUCGAUGAGAGGUCCUGGGGCUACCGACGCGACAUGGCCAUAUCUGACAUCACGAGUGAAUUCGAAAUCAUUUCGGAACUGGUUCAGACAGUAAGUUUGGGAGGCAAUUAUCUUCUCAAUAUCGGACCAACUAAAGAUGGACUGAUUGCCCCCAUCUUCCAAGAACGGCUUCUUGCUGUUGGCAAGUGGCUGAAUGUGAACGGGGAGGCAAUCUAUGCUUCCAAACCAUGGAAGGUCCAGUCGGAGAAGAACACGACAUCUCUAUGGUAUACUGCAAAAGAAUCAAAUGUUUAUGCCACUUUUCUGCACUGGCCGGAAGGUAGAGUCUUAAGCCUUGAAUCCCCCAUAAGUACCUCGAAAACGAAGGUUACCAUGCUGGGAAUCCAAGAAGAGCUGAAGUGGACCAAAAACCCCAGUGGCGGUCUCCUCAUCUUCCUGCCACUGCUGUCACCCUCAGCUCUCCCGGUGGAGUUUGCUUGGACUGUGAAGCUGACAGGAGUGAAAUAAUCCAGGAGAGUGACACUACCUACUGUGUGCUGCUUUAAUUUUCUCUUACAGCACUGCCCUUGUAAUAAAGUAACUUCUCUUUCCCACUCAGAGGUGGCUUUUCUGACAUAUUUCCUUUUUUUUUCUUUUUUUUUGGUGGGACUGGGGUUUGAACUCAGGGUCCUGGUCUUGCUAGGCUUGUGCUCUGCCACUAGAGCCAAAAAAACCUUUUUGCUAUAGGUUUUUGUUUUUAUUUUAUCUUGAAUAGGGCCUCAUUUUUUGCCCAGGUUAGCCUGGGACUUCAAUCCUUGUCCUACCUAUG